GUAGCUGGCAGAAUCUUUGUCUCGUUCCUCUUCUGAUUGCGCUAAAUCUGACCUUUGCGUUCGUGAUGCAAUGCAUCGCCCGCCACACUCGCAUCUCAGAGACUCUGCGUUUACAAGGAAAACGAUCAGAAGACAAGUACUCUGCAUUUACGGCCCUUCUGCGAGAUCUUUCGGGCGUCCAGAGCGUGAUCCGAUGCUUCAAGCGUGGCUUGGCCCAUGGUCCAAUGAUGUCCAAUGGUAUUCGCAGCGGGCAUGAAACGCUCGUGUCUACACGACAUGUUUGGUUCGGAGGAGGGCAAGCUUACUACAAACUCAAGAUGGAUGAUGAGAAGCGGGACAUUGACAAUCCCGACCAGCGCAUUAGUGACUCCGCUGAGCAGUUUUCCAACAUGAUGUACAUCCUUUUCUCAGGAUUCCUAUCUGCUGUGUUUGGAAUGGUCGCUUGGGCAGGAGUCAUGAUACAGCUAGGAGGUCCAAUGCUUGUCGUGACGUGCAUUGGGAUGGCCUUCCUUCGUCUCCUCUUAUCGAUUAGCAUGUUUGGAAAUGCGCUUGUGGAUGCUUUCAAGGAUAUGCUUGAAACAGGAGCAACCUUUCGAUAUUCUCUCACGCGCAUACGUGAAAAUGCGGAACCUGUCGCCCUUGCGCAUGGCGACCAGGUUGAGGAGAGCCGUUCGCGAAAUCUCUUCAACUCUCACAUCGAUGCCAUUCGAUACAACGCACCUUGGCAGCCGCCAGCUCCAGAUAGCUCCAGCGGACGAUGUGGACACCUUAAGGCCUUGGUGAACAUGCUGUUCACCACCACCUUGGGCAUCAUCGACUUCUUCCCCAUUGCUGGUGCGCUGAAUUUUGGGGAUGCUGUGCGGUGCCAGACAGGAUACAUGCAAGUGGCCAAGGUGAUGGACUUUUUUGCCAACUCUUUCUCCAAAUUGAAGCAGCUGCAAGCCAAUGGCGAGCGAUUGUGGCAGCUUUGGGAAGCUUCAGAUGAGGCCAAUGCGGCUCCCCCAGUGGAUGCCACCAUUCGUUUCGUUGCCAGCGAGGUGUCGGAAGCCUUUGGCUUUGAUUCACUGGUGGUCUAUGCACCUGGUGGCAAGACACCUGUGGCGGGAGUGACUCUGUCAUGCGCCACUGGACAAGGCGUGUUGAUCACUGGCAACUCAGGUAUUGGAAAGUCAUCCAUUCUGCGCGCUAUGGCUGGGCUUUGGUUGACGGGCGAAGGAAGUGUGGCAAAGUCUCCUGGUGCAGAAGUGGUUUUCCUACCGCAGAACUCCUACUUCCCCGUGGGGACCUUACUGGAGGCUGUCAUCUACCCUGCGCACAUUGACGACUCGAAUGGUGCUGAGAAGUGUGGUUUGCAGGUGCAAGCCACGCUUGCUCUGAAGCGAGCCAUGAUGGGCCCAAUUCUACGAAAGUGGGGCUUGCAGGAAGUGCGGGACUGGACCGCCACGUUAUCUGCCGGUGAGCGGCAGCGCUUGGCCUUUGCGCGGCUGUUCAUGAUGUUGGCACUGCGCUCGCGCUGUGAAGAACGACGCAGACCGCAUCAGAACAUCUCCCUGGAAACACACAAGGCGCAGAGCACCACAGCCCUGAGCCGAAUGGCAGGCCUUGGAGGUCCCGGCCAUCAUCCCACGCCACGUUUCGGACGCAGCCUGGGCAACGAGCUGUGGAAGGCGGGUCAAAAGGAGCUCGUGCCCGAGCUGGGUCGCUUAUCGCGUCAGGCUGGACUAAGCUUGGGAGACUUGCAACAAGCCUCGGCUCUCUGCGGCAUCCUUGCUGCAGUAGCCCCAUCCAAGUCCUUGGAGGAGUAUGGAAAGCUAUGGAUGGUGUACGAAAAAUUUCGGACAACUGCUGCCUUUAAGGAUGAGGGCACCAGCGCCGUGGAGAUGAGCGUAGAGGCUGCACUCUAUGGAGUGACCUGGUCGCAACAGAUCCACAGUGCAGCUGGCGGUGGCAUCCGCAACUCGAUCCCAACGUCUUUCUUGCAAGCAGAUGCAAGCGCUGCAUGCAUGACGCAUGAGUGCCAUGUUUUUCCGAUUACUGCUGUGCAACGCAUUCUGUGGAACCGUUUCUUGGGCAAGGAUGCGGACAGAGCCCGUCCUGGACGAGGGAGUUUGGAAUACCCCACUUGGGAAAGAGACCAUCUGGAAGCAUUUGGAUUUGAGACCUCCAUCACCGACCAAAAAAUUU